UUCAAUUUUAUAUUGUCAGUACAAUAAAAAUCCUCUCUCUCUCUCUCUCUCGACACCAGACAGAGAUACAAAAUCCAGUCGAAGUUUCUGGCUCUGCAUUUCUACUCUCCCUUCCUCCAUCUCCAUCUCUCUCACUCUCAAACACACACUCUCUCUCUCUAUCUGUUUCUUUAGUAUCGACAGUGCAGGGGAAAUUCUUAUUUUUUACACUUGGAGGAGAACAACAUGCCGUGGACUUCUUCUUUUGUGAACUAUAGCAGGAACUGUGUUCGCUUGGUGGUCUUCUUUCGUGUCAUACUGUAAUUUUGUUUGUUUUUGUGCAGGCAAUUGUUUUGUAAGUUCUGAAGAAACUCUUGUAUUUAGGGUGCUUUGAAUUCAAAAGUGGUGUUUAGGAGUGAGAAUGUACAUUGCGGUAACCAUAAAGAGAUAUCGAGCUGUGAAGGAAGUAGGGGAGAUUAAAAUUAGCGUUGGGAUUACUGCGUAUUAUCAAGUGAUGCAGAUUUGUCAGGCUGAGUAUUUCCGCCAGUUACUUAAGCCUGUUACGUAGUCUAGUCUUACAAAGCUCCGGUCACUGGGAUUUGGGACGGCUUUUGUUGGUUAUACAUUAGACAUAAAGAAUUUGAUUCUGGUGGUUCAUUUUGGAUAGGCAGCUCUUUUAUGCCAGGAUGGCAGUAACUUGAUUUGCUAUAUAGUCUUUUCAUCGGUUUAGAUCUUCAUCAAUUGAAUACUGAAUAAUUGCCAAUAGGAGACCCAAAAUCCAUUACUAUUGCAAAAUUGUUGGUUAAAGACAAGCAUCCGAUGCAUAGUGAUCGAUACUUCCGCUCGAAAGAGGCAAUGCCCCCACUUACAAAUCAAGUUGACAAUAAUAACAUGCAUUUUCCAGUCGCAACUACUUUUGCUGCAGUUCAACCUCUAGCUGCAAAGCACUUGAUGCCUGUGCAUGGAAUUGAAUUUCAAUCUUCAGAGAUUUGUCCGAGGAAUUUCAUUAUUUUUGAUCAAGCUGAUCACCGAAGCCAGGUUAUGUACAAUCCUGCAGUUGCCCACAAUCAUGGUGGUCCUGGAUUUAAUAUCCAUGCAACUUACAUCCAAGAGAAUUUUGAAAGGACAGACACCUACAAUGUUGAAAGAGAAAUUUCAUCAUCUCUGAAGGAAGAUUCAGAUGAUAUUGAUGCCUUAAUGAGUUUGGAAGAGGAAGAACCAGAAGAGUGUGAUGGGGAAGAGGUCAGCACCGCACGCACCUGCAGAAAUUAUGGAAGUAGCUCCCCCGAUUCCGAUUCUUGCUCCAGUUAUGGUGCAAAACCCAUGAAAAAUGGAUCUUCUGUCCAGAAGUGCUCAAGCAGUGGUAGCAGCUCUAACAGUGAGAGGAAACGACAGAAAAUGAAGACAAUGGUGAAGACAUUGAGAGGGAUUGUACCCGGUGGCGACCAAAUGAAUACUGUUACUGUUCUAGAUGAAGCUGUCAGGUACCUCAAAUCUCUCAAAGUCGAAGUGCAAAAGCUUGGGGUUAGCAAUUUCAAGAACUAAACUUGAACUUGAUCUCCGUGGUAAAGGUGCUUUAUUUUUAACACAUCCGCAUCCUGUUCUCAAGUUGGUUGUCUCCUCUCUCGUGUUAGGUUGGAAUUUAGACGGAGGAGGGUAUUGGCAGCUCACGAAGUGUUCAACCUUCCCCAACUAUUUAGCAUAGGGGCGCUGCAUAGUGAUGGCAUAGUGGUUAGUCCUUUGAAUUCUUCUAUAAAACGUUUUACUGUGCACUCUUCAAUAGAAGGAAGAGUGGGGGCGUUCGAAUAAACUUGUAGUAUCUGUACUUUUUCCUGCCUGUCAGUUAUUAUGUCCAGCAUGUUACAGCUAUUGUGGUUUUAUUUCGUGUUGUACUCUAAAUAUAACUAAAUGCUAUGCUCCUCCUUUAUGAGAGCUUCAUACGGAUCUUGUUGUUUGAGCAUUUGCUUAUAGACAUCGGUUUUAUUCGGUGCCA